AUGAUCCUCGAAGCCGUCGCUGACCACCGCCUCUGGAUCUGGUAUGCAUAUUUCGGUGUAGUCUGGUCGAACAACGACAUAAACAUCCUCAACUCGUCCACCCUCUUCGCCGAUCAAUGCAGGGGUCGCGGCCCGGCCAUCGAGUUCACUGCCAACGGCCUCAGAUAUCAUAUGGGGUACUACUUGGCCGAUGGCAUAUACCCAAGGUGGCCUGUUUUUGUGAAGACGAUCAGCUGUCCAAUAGAUGACCGGAGAAUCUUGUUUGCGGCAAACCAGGAGUCUGCGCGAAAGGAUGUGGAGCAGGCUUUUGGUGUGCCUCAAUCGCAGUGGGCAAUAGUGAAAGUCAAACAAGAAGUUGGACAUGUCACCGAUUGGGUUGAUGAUGAAGCCGGAUCUAGCUCCAGCACGGCGACCCCGCCUGUCGCUCGAAAUCCGAUGGGCUUCGGUGAAGUUCUAGAGAGACAGACCUCAAUGCGCAGCCAACAAGACCAUGCGGCGCUCAUGAACGACAUGAUUGAAGAAAUUUGGAAGCAUUUCGGCCAUUGA